CUGACAGUGGCUCUCCCUUCCUAUGCCGUGCCUUACUUCUACUUCAAUGCAAUAGAACCGAAGUUCUCAAAUGGCGUGCUGUUAUAAGUACCACUAUUUGUUUCUUCACUCUCAUUCCCUGUGGAGAAAGCUUCCACUCCUUCCCAACAGCACCACCAGGACUUUCUCUCGCAAUCUUCGAACUCCCACUCUGUUUCAUUCUUCGGACGCGCUACACUCCAAGGGCUAUUGCAGUGCUUCUACAGAUUCGCUAGGAGCUGUUCCUGCAACUUCGUCAGCUUUGGUUCCUGACACUGCAUUUGGAACCGGUCAAGUGCUGCGGUUAGGUUCAGCUGCCAAAGGAGAACGUGUGACGAACGCCGAUCCUUUAAAUAGCAGAGUUAUGAUCAUUGACGGUACUUCGAUUAUUCACCGGGCAUACUACAAACUCUUAGGUUCGUUUCGUUUUCUUUGCUCCUUUUUGUUGGCGCAUAAUUGCACUGUUCACUUUUUUAGAAUGUGGCGCAUAAUUGCACUGUUAGACUGUGGCGCAUAA